AUGGGCACGGCUCAGCGGAUGGAUCGUGAGAAGAAUGUGGUGGGAACCAUCUACAUCGGCCAGGAUGUCACAGAGUUGAAGGACAUCGAUGAGUGGAAGAUCUCCAUGAUGGCCAUGAUGUCGCACGAGCUGAAGUCUCCUCUACAUGGCAUCAUCGGCUUGAGCCAAGCCAUGUUGCUGGACAAGUCGACGGCGCAGAAGGGGUCGGUGGUGAUGAUCAGCAACUGCGCGACGCGGCUGCUUGACGUCGUGCGCAAUUUGAUGGACACCUCCGAGCUGCUACACCGACGAAAUAGGCCCCUGGCAAGGGAUCCGGUGCACUUGGCAGGCGUGGCUGAGGAGGUGGUGUUGCUUUGCCAGCAGGCCGUAGACAAGAGGGGCGUCUCCACGAUGAAGCCAAGUGUGAAGAUCAUCAAUACCCUCGUUGAGCCUCUGCCCGUCAUCGAAGCUGAUGCGUACCGAUGCACGCAGCUCUUAUACAGUUUGGUCUCCAACGCAAUCAAGUUCACGCACAAGGGGUCCGUGACCAUCUCGGCAAGCGCUGAUGAUGUGGAGGAGAAAGUUACCGUAUAUGUCAAGGACACUGGUAUUGGCAUAUCCUCAGACAACCUGGACCGCAUCUUUGAGCCUUUCGACCAGGAGGACCGUUCGGAGAAGCGCGGCUACGAAGGGCUGGGUAUGGGCCUGGCCCUUUGCCGGGAGAUCGUGCACCAGCACCGGGGGACGCUGGCAGUGAAGAGCCAGAAGGGUAAGGGAUCGACCUUUCAGUUCACACUACCCUACAAGAUGCCUGUGGAAGACAAGGCUGAAGGCAAGGGCUACGAGGAUGACAAGAGCGUCUCCUUGCGCGUGCCGGCCACGCAAACCCGCCAGAGCACCAACAUCUCGGACCUGAGCGGGGGCUGGAGCAACAACUCCGCGCCGUCCGCGCCCGUGAUGGGUCGGGCUCCGACCCUGGACCCCCUGGCUGCCAGAUCGACAUCUUCGGGUGCGGAAAGGGACGGGCCGAGCAAGAACCUCGCAGGCGCCCAGUAUCUACCCGAUGUGGGGGAAGACUCCCAGUUGGUGGUACUGUCUGUGGAUGAUGACAUGAUCAACCAGCAAGUCAUGACCUCACUCCUCCAGUCAAGCCAGUACAAGCUCCAGGUGGCCUCCAGCUUCGGAGAGGCACUCAACUACCUGCUUGAGAAUCCGCCUCCAGCGCUCAUACUGCUUGAGGUGAUGACGCCGGGACUCUCUGGGCCAGAUGCGCUGCGCACCCUGCGCAAGAAGUACUCCGCGGAAGUCCUGCCCAUCAUCAUGAUCUCGGCGAACGGCGACAAGGACACGAUCACGAGACCUAGUAGUAGAGUAGGUAACCUUUCAACCUUUUCGGCGUAA